CGUUCGCUCCCAAUCCAUGUUCCCCGUAUCUGCCGCUCUCUCUGUAUAGAGCUCCCGCUUAGGUGGUCGUGACAUGGGGAGGGUUUGUGUUACUUUGUUCCUACUCCAUCAUCGCAGAGUUGCUUUACUUCAACGGUUGUUUCCCGAGCAGAUCGCCUUUCUUCCUCUCUCUCUUUCUGCGAGUCGCUUUCUUUUUUUUUGCAUGACCCCGCCAUUUGUUAUUCCAACCAGUUGUUCACCUGAUAGCUCUUCGACCAGCAGUUUAUAACAAACAAAAGUGAAGAGACAGAGAGGAGACGACUCGAGACUGAGAGGCUUUCAACCCUCGUGAUUUGUUGUUGUGUUGUUGUGGCUGCAGCAUCAUCAUCAUCAUCAUCACUCGAGUCCCGUCAUCUGCACUACGAGGACUACCUCCGUCUGUGUUUGAGCAAAGGCACAUCAUCUCAGCCAGGCGUAAUUGAACAGCAAGACUCUCUGUGUGCUGCGCCCGGCCCAGCCCAGCCCAGCCAAGAAGACAACAAAAAUCUGUUUGCCAAUGGAUGAGAAAGAUGUCGACUUGGACAGCCGACGAGUCGCGUAGAAGAGAGUCGUCGUCGUGUUGGUGAAAACCAUGGCGGCAGCCAUCAAGCCACAAGGGCCAGCUGCUGGAGCGCUCCUUCCGCCACCCAUGCCGCUCGACAAGGCUCCGUGUGCUGCUACUACCAAGGGUUCCACUGCUCGCACUGCAGGAGCCUCCUUCCGAUCGAUAAUCAGUUGAUAUCAUCUCGUCGGCAGAGAGGAUGGUGGUGGUGGUGGUGGCUGAGAGGCACUGUUGUUGAUACAUCGCCCCGCGCUCCUGUUUGCUGUUGCAGCCGCUGCCCUGCAUUGCGCAUUGCGGUUCCCACAGCAGUUUCGCAAUACCCACGUGCAAUAAUAGCCUCUCGCUCGUCUUUUCGUUCAUCUCUCUCCCGUCUGUCUCUCGAGAGAUUGGACGGACAGCAGCCAGUGAGAGGGAAAAGAAAAAAGUUUGAGAGGAAUAAUGGAGGAGGAAGAAGGUCGACAGGGUUUGCCACUGAACAUUGACAUGGUCGUCGGCCAAGUGGUUCACGGAUCCGAUGGAGAUAACCGCUCCUCUCCUCUCGACGAGCUCCUGGAAACGGUGGAAGUGAUGAUUGGGGCUGGUAGUAAUAAUGCCGGCGACGAAUUCGCCACUCCGGUUUCAAUCCUCAACGGGCCAUUCCAGGCCGCCCUGCUCUCCCUGCUGGUCCUCAUGUCGAUUGGAGCCAACGCCUGCGUCAUCAACAAUAUCCGGCACAACUGCAUUAAAUUGCGUUCCACUCACUUCAUCCUAAUCCAGCAUUUGUGCAUGGCCGACCUGAUCGGGGCUUCAUUGAUCCUGCCCGCUCCACUGGUCACCUCCUUCCGCGGACGCUGGGAAGGAGGUCCAAAUCUCUGCCACCUCUCCAGCGUCGUCAAUGUCUCACUUUGGCUCCAGCACGUCUUCAUGUUCCUCAUGCUCAAGAUUGAUCGUGUUCUGGCCGCCACCCUGCCGAUCGGUCGUUACCCUAUUUGCACUCCUCGAACCAGUCAAUGGCUUGUCCUACUGGCCUGGCUCCUGGCCCUGGCUAUCGGAGCUGGCGUAACGAGCGCCGCUGGCGCCCGCUUCGAGCCUUCAUUGCUUCUUUGCGCACCAGGUCUGCCUCAGGAGUUCGGCAUCACUCUCAUCUCCCUCUACUGUUCGGCGUUCGCCUCCAUGGUCGUCGGUUACGUCGUACUGAUUAUCGCUGUCGGGCGAAAGAAAUCGAAAAAUAAGGCCGAACAGCAAUCAGAAGAGGAGGUGACGGAGGAGCCCCAUCACGAGCACGAUUCGCCUGGAAGUAGCAAUUCGAAAAGCUCAUCAACCCAGCAACAACAGAGUGGUGCUAAUUUGAGGUCGGCCGCUACGUCACUCAUCGUUACCGCCAGCCAUUUGCUACUGUACCUGCCAGCGCUCCUAUUGCUCGGCCUUCAGGGUACUGUGGUAAAUCCAGUGGCGGCCGCCCUUUGCGCUCUUAUUGUCUACUCUGAAUUCCUCAUUCAUCCUAUGGUGCUGCUCUCCACGUCACGACGGAUGCGCCAGGAAGUCCUGCGGACUCUCAAACGACAUUCGCCCUGCUGUUGUUGAUAAUUGGAGAAGAUACACUGCAAUCGAGAUUAAGUCUGACAAAGGGAUCGACUUGACCCCUACACGUUUGUACAAUUACGUCUCUCUCAAUCAGUCAUUCAAGUUACCAAGUGACUUUCGUUUUUCUUAUGUAAAGCGAGUACUACUCAAUGGACAUGUUGUUUUGAUCUAGCCUCUAUGAUGUCAUAUCAUCUCUCUCUCUAUCUCUCUCUCUGAUUUUGUGUUUUUACAGACCUCUCGUCUUUAAUAAGUCAUAACUAUAGGCGCAUGUACAAUUAUUCUGGUCUGGUCUAUAACACAGUAUAGAGCGAGUCCUUCUGAUACCGCAAUUCUAAUUGGAUUUACCCUAAUAAUAUACGAAUACGUAUAGUUUGACUACUUCCGUCGUCAUAUCCACGUUCGCCAGCCACCUUUUCCCACGGAAUUUUGCGUGGCCGGGCCUAUACUACUACCUACGCCGACGUUUCGGAUCAUCUUUCAUUCAAAUUCAGCGACGUCCGAACGGCGCCGUGAUCUGCAGCAUCGGUGGUAAUAUCGUACACUAUCCGUGACACGAAUCUCGUCCCAGCAGUCGAAUCAUUUUAUGUAAAUUUGAUGGUAAUUCAAACAUUGAAUUGAACGGAAAUACUUAUCGGAUUGGUUUCUUUUGAAAAAGUGUCGUAGCACGAAACGAAAUCACGCCUAGAAAAAAAAUCAAAUCGUUCGGAUUUUUGUUCUCUUUCUUGUACUAAAAAAAGCGUACGCUCAAUAGUUUCCGACAAUUCACUUUUUCCCCAACAUGCUGAAUGUACACUCUACUGAUGAGAUUUACAUAUAGACUUACUUUAUCCAUCCCAUGAAGUGCAGAGGCUAACCAUUGUAUUUAAAUCUAAUCUUACAAUAGAGUUAGAGUUAUGAUAGGGGAGGGGGGAAGCGACAGCAGCGAAAAGUAUGUUGCGCUUCUAUGAUGAAUAGGUCCCAAGAUGAAAGCCUCCACUUAUUUCUGCCCAUUCGUCUUUUUCUUCUCAAACUCCCUACUUUAUAGGACUCAAUGCUCCAGUCUCAAUUUUGAAAUUGCUAUUGUGCCGAAAGCUCGGGCUCCAGAUGGACAGCUAAAAACGUGAGCUGCUAGACUGGUUUUCUGUUAUUGCGCUGGCCAUGUUACGAAUGUUGUCAUCAACCUGCUCCCCUCCGUAAAUCCCUGGACUUUGGUCCGCGCUUGUCUUCACCGCUUACCAAGGUACAGGCUGCACGAGUGGAUCGAUCCGGUCGGGGGGGAGUAAAAAAGACAAGAGUCAACAAAGUACUGUUUAACCGACAAACAUAACGCGAGUGCACAGCAACCGAAGUAUAAAAAAACAAAAAAACAACACAAGGAAUUUCACGGAAACGAAAAAUGAUAGUACAUGACAUUCAUAUUAAUUGAAAAAUUGUACAUACAAAUAUACUUACUCCUACUGAACUCGACAAAUUCAUUUAUUUUGUUGUAGACCUGCGAUAUAUUCUUUAACCCCAAGAAUGUGUUGCCCUUCUCAAAAUAUCCUCACGAGCUGGUCAACGUGCUGAUAUAAAUUACGGUCAGAAUGUAUCAUAGGACUUCUCUUUGUAAAUGAACACGUCCUUAAAGAACUAUCAUUGUAAGACUAUAAAUAUACUUGA